GACUCUGCUUCGAUCGAACAAAAAUGUAACGCCUUGUUAGAGCGUCCUUCUUAAAUAUCAGCGAAUUCUUGCCUUCCUUCCUUACUCUCACCCAUGUCGACCUUUGACUCCCUCAUUGAAGACCUUACUCGCGACGCCAAUCGCGCUCAGCCCAAGGAUGCCCUGCAAUUCUGCGCCAAUUGGUUCCAGCAGCGGCUCGAGGAGCAGAGGUCGCGCACUCGCGACGUCCUCGCUCGUCGAACACCGAAUUUUUCUCGCGAUUUACCUAGCGAAAUAUACAUAGAUACGCCCUUUGGUACUGGGCCAGGUCCGAUAUCAGUGUCUCCCUUUCACCAAGCACCGCAGCGCUCGUCCUUGAGGAAUAGCGUCAGCCUCGCUCCAGGGCCUUUUGGUACCCUUAACGUUCCCGGCAAUGCCUUGCUAGCCAACAACCCGAUGGGGCCACCAACUAUCCAGAUGGAAGGACGCGUUCUACCACCGCCGUCGCCUUUGUCGAUGGCGCCCCCGUUCCCGAUGCGCGACGAUACUCCGGUUGCGCCCCCAACUCCUGGUAGCUUCCUCGUACCCCCCACUUCUGCAAUCUUUGCAAGACGUACAUCUGUAUCAGCAGAAUCUAUACCCCUCGACGGCUCAGACGAAAUCCUUCCGGUCUACCCAAAAACACCCGACCAGCUUCGUCGCAUCAGGGCUUCAAUGACAGAUAAUUUGCUUUUCCGUGACCUUGAAGAGGAGCAGAUUACGGCAGUGAUUAAUGCGAUGCAGGAAAAGGCCACUGAGAAGGGGGAGGUCAUCAUACGGCAAGGCGACGUCGGUGACUACUUUUACGUCGUCGAGUCGGGUUUGUUGACCUGCUACAUCCGGCCUGAACCACUGCCACCAGCGGGGCUUCGUCGCUCAGAGGACAUGUUCGUUCAGCCUGGAUACCACCCUGAGUUUGGCAAACAAGUCUCAGAGUGCACACCUGGCACGUCCUUUGGAGAGCUGGCGCUCAUGUAUGGACAUCCUCGUGCCGCGACUGUAGUAUCUACUGAAGCAUCUAUGCUCUGGGCCCUGGAUCGCAUUACGUUCCGGACCAUCAUCUUGACGGCCGCCCAUCGACGACGCACGAUGUACGAGCAUUUCUUAUCAACCGUAACCCUGCUGUCGUCGCUCGAUUCCAUGGAGCGAAGCAAAAUUGCCGAUGCACUGGUCAGCAGGGUCUACAUGGAUGGGGAAGCUGUCGUCAGACAGGGAGAAAUGGGCGAUACCUUUUUCUUUGUCGAGGAAGGCGAAGCUAUCGUUACAAAAGCCCAGGAGGGCGAAGAUGGCGAAAUUCGAGAAAUUGAAGUUGGACAUUACAAGAAAGGCGACUACUUUGGAGAACUGUCGCUCUUGCGCAUGGCUCCCCGAGCGGCUACUGUUUGCGCCAUCCAUCGUGGCGAACGCCUUCUUCCAAAGCUUAAAGUGGCGGCAUUGGAUGCCCCCGCUUUUACGAGACUUCUCGGUCCCCUUCGUAACCUGAUGGAGCGAAGAGCAGGAGAACAAUACGGGCCUGGACCGUGGUUCUCUGGAUAAGAAACGGACGAUAAUUUUGCAAGCGUGUUUAUCCCAGUCGGGGGCUGUAUAUGAUUCUCUUGGCUUGUCGUCAUGGUGAUGAUCGCUAAUUUUUGUGUUGAUGUAAGUUUCUAUGGAUUCCACUAGACGGAAGUAAAAUUUAGGUAGUUCUCUCGUACAAUCUCUCGUGCUGUAGCGAUAAAAGUACUCUUUUCUUUCAAAUGUAACAUACAUGCG